CUCAAGGCCAAUUUUUCACCAUGUCUGUCGUCACGCUUUUUGUGCAGAGCCAGAACGCGAGCUCCGAGCGGCGCUUCCUGAAGUCCCUGACCGUGGGUGAGCUAAAGGUCCGGCUGGAGGCUAUUGUUGGGAUUAGCGCCAGCGACCAGCGCCUGGCGCUGCAGCACAAUGAUGCGGCAGUUUGUAUGCUGGAUGACAACAGCAGGAUGCUCGGGUACUACCCGGUAGCCGACUACAUGACGCUAAACGUCGAGGCCACGAACUCUGUGGCGACCCAGCUGAACUUCAACGACGACUCGCAGGUGGAGAAGUAUGUCAUGGACGACGACGAGUACGACAAGCGCCGCGACACGGUGCGUGCGUUCAAGCGGAGGCAUAAUUUGGGUCGGUUUGCCGACAACAAGUCGGCCAUGUCGAUUGACGAGGAGGACGAGUUCAGGGCGGAGGCGAGCGGGAUCCAUGUAGACGACCGCUGCCAGGUGGAGGUGCUGGGGAGCGGUACCCGGCUCGGUGCCGUGAGGUUUGUUGGCAAGACGCAGUUCAGGCCCGGAUAUUGGGUGGGCGUGGAAUUCGACGAGCCGACGGGCAAGCACGACGGGACUGUGGAUGGUGUCAGAUACUUCGAGUGCCGCAACCAGCACGGCUCGUUUGUCCGGCCGGACAAGGUCACGGUGGGCGACUUCCCUGAGGAGGAUCUGUUUAGCGAUCUAGAGGAAAUGUAA